AUGCUUCAAAUAUACGCACAUGUAAAUCAUUCCUUCCCUCUCUCUUUGAGGCGCAAAUACACCUCUUUUCUUUCUUUUGCUUUUCAUUCUCUUUCUUUCCUCUCAUUCUUUUCUUUCUUUCAUUUUUAUUUUCUUCAUUUUCUUUUCUUUUUCUUCUUUCUUUUCUUUUUCUUCUUUCUUUUCUUUUUCUUUUUUCUUUUCUUUUUCUUUUCUUUUCUUUUUCUUCUUUCUUUUUCGUUCUUCUUUCUUUUUUUCUUUUUCUUCUUUCUCUCCCUUUCUUUCAUAACUGCCAGCACCCUUCUCAUCUCAGUCGGUCAAUAUUGGUCUCAGUCUGUUGAUAUCUUUCCGUUGGUUUUGGUCUGUCAAUCUCGGUCUGCCAACAUCAUUUUUGGUUUGUCGAUAUCUCCCUGUUCAUGCCUCCCCUGUCGCUCGCCAUGCCUGUUUGUGCCUUCCUUGUCGCUCGCCAUGCCUGUUCGUGCCUCCCCCGUCGCUCUCCGUGCCCGUUCUUUACUCCCCGUCGCUCUCCGUGCCCGUUCCCCGUUUCGCCUCCCCGUUAGAUCCUCCCCGCCGCCGCCGCCCUGUUCGUGCCUCCCCCGUCCUUCGCCGCGCCCGUUCGUACCUCCCCGUCGCUUCGCCGCGCCCGUUCGUGCCUCCCCGUCGCUCACCACGCCCGUUAAUGCCUCCCCCGUCGCUUUCGCCGCGCCCUGCCGUGCCCGUUCGUUACCCGUGCCCCGUCGCUUCGCCGUGCCCAUUAAAUGCCCGUGCCCGUCGCUUUCGCCGUGCCCAUUAAACCUCCCCGUCGCUUCGCCGUGCCCAUUCGUGCCGUGCCGUUCGUACCUCCCCGUCGCUUCGCCGUGCCCAUUCAUACCCGUGCCCGUUCGUGCCUCCCCGUCGCUCUCUGUGCGUUCGUUGCCUCCCCGUAAGCUCGCCGUAUCCGUUCGUGCCUCCCCGUCGCUCGCCGUGCCCGUUAAAUUGCCUCCCCGUGCGCUCGCCGUGCCGUUCAUUACCUCCCCGUCGCUCUCCGUGCCCGUUCGUGCCUCCCCCGUCGCUCUCCGUGCCCGUUCGUGCCUUCCUGUCGCUCUCCGUGCAUGUUUUUAA